GUCCCAGCAUCAUCAGGUCGGCGGCACUAAAUAUUUCAGUGACUUCAGACGAUGAUGAAUUGGAAAACUAAACAAACAUUUUUAAUAGCGAUUGCCUUUGUUUUAAUUGUUAAAGCAAAUGUGGUAUUGUCCAACAAUGACUGCAAUUUAAAUUACCCCGCCUCGAGAACCUACCCCCCGACAAACCGGCUAUUGAUACGGAAAUGCUAUGACGUUGGUGAUAAUGCUGUUGACGACAUUCGUUUCAUUAUUGUAGAGAAACUGGAUUUGUUCAAAUUGGAAUAUCGAAUACUACAAGCUCAGUAUACGGGCGAAGGCCUUUUAUUUGAAAUGGAAAGCGCAAAAGAUGUUCAGCAAAUAUUAGACAAAGCCUCCGAUUUGGAAAGAAACGGCUGUUCCUUAGAGAGAACAUCCAAAACUUUUAUAGAUGUGGAGAUAAAGUAAAUACCAAAAAGUUGUAUUGUUAUUUGUUCUAUUGUAAUAUACAUAUGCAGGGUAAAGUUUAACUCAUCAUCAAAUAUGAUGGCGAGCUACUAUAUUGUAUUACUCGUAGUAAUUACAAUUGUUUACUACAUUUGAACAUUUUAUGAGCAUCGAUUGCAAGUCUUCCAAAUAGUGUAGUUUGAAAAAUCACUUUCAGUUUACAUUAAAUAAAAAUCCCAUCUGAUCAUUUUUAUACCAGGAUGGGGGUAUACUAAUUA